AAAGAACAUGAGGGAAAAUGACAAAAUAAUACUAAAAUACUACAAUUAUACAACAAAACUUCAAAGAAACACAAUUCCCCUGUUUUUCAUCAAUUUUUUUUCUCCUUUUUCUUUCAUUGUUUGAUGAAUCCUACAAAGUUGCUAAGUAAUGGAGUAGAAAUAACCAUAACCCACUUGAGAAAGACAACCCUCCCAAUAUUUGGUUCCUUCAACCCAAAUCUACCCACCAAACAAUCCCUUAUUUUCAAUUAACAAAAUCACUUCUUUAUUUUUCUUGAUAUAAUGCUCUGUUUUCCUCUGUUUCUUUAUAUCUACUUUGUUUUUCUCCUUUCCUUCUCAUAAUCACUUCUUUAAUCAAUCUCAUGCGUCGUAAAUCAUCAUUUCUUCUAUCAACUGAUACAAUGAAGCAGAAAAAAGGGAAUAAUCUUUCAGUUUUUGUUGUAAUUUCUACAAUUCUUUUGUUUGCUUUUUUUAUGUACAAUGAAGAUGUUAAAUCAAUUGCAGAAUUCCCAUUUUCUAGACAAAAAGCUCAAGAAAUUCAAGAAAAUAAACUUAAUGAUGAAAACCCAGAUCAAAUGAAGGAUAACCCAGAUCAAAUUAAGGAAAACCCAGAUCAAAUCAAGGGAAACCCAGUUCAAGAAACUAAAUUUGCUGAAAAAUCGGCUGAUUUUUCCAUUAAUGAUAGAACAGAGCAAGAAACAGGGGAAGAAAAUGAAAUUGUAAUUGAGAAAGGAAAUGAAAUUGAAGAAGAUGAAGAAGAGAUUGAAUUACCUCCAGAAAGUUGUGAUCUUUUUACUGGAGAAUGGGUUUAUGAUAAUGUUACUCAUCCAUUAUACAAAGAAGAUGAUUGUGAGUUUCUUACUGCUCAAGUAACUUGUAUGAGAAAUGGAAGAAAAGAUUCAUGGUAUCAAAAUUGGAGAUGGCAGCCUAAAGAUUGCAAUUUACCAAAAUUUAAGCCAAAAUUGUUGCUAGAGAAGCUAAGGGGAAAAAGAUUGAUGUUUGUUGGAGAUUCAUUGAAUAGAAAUCAAUGGGAAUCAAUGGUUUGUUUUGUUCAAUCUGUAGUUCCUUCAACUAGAAAGAGCUUGAUCAAGUCUGGUUCUCUCAACAUCUUUAGAAUUGAGGACUACAAUGCUACGGUGGAGUUCUACUGGGCACCAUUCUUGGUUGAAUCAAAUUCAGAUGAUCCAAAUAUGCAUAGCAUAUUGAACAGGAUUAUCAUGCCUGAAUCAAUCAAAAAACAUGCUGUUCAUUGGAAGAAUGUGGAUUACCUUAUCUUCAAUACCUACAUUUGGUGGAUGAACACUUUCUCUAUGAAAGUUUUGCGAGGAUCAUUUGAUGAAGGAGCAACCGAGUAUGAUGAGGUGGAAAGGCCAGUAGCCUAUGCAAGAGUGUUGAAGACAUGGUCUAAAUGGGUUGACAAAAACAUUGAUCCUAAUCGUACAACCGUCUUUUUCAUGAGCAUGUCUCCUCUUCAUAUCAAGAGUUUGGAUUGGGAGAACCCAGAUGGAAUAAAAUGCGCUCUUGAGACAAUGCCAAUACUGAACAUGACAAUGCCAUUAAAUGUAGGCACAGAUAGACGACUGUUUAGAGCAGCACACAAUGUUACACAGUCAAUGAAGAGGGUUCCGGUCAGCUUCCUCAACAUAACCACACUGUCGGAGUAUCGGAAAGACGCCCACACGUCCGUACACACCAUAAGACAGGGCAAAUUAUUAGAUGCCGAGCAGCAAGCAGAUCCUGAACAUUUUGCUGAUUGCAUUCACUGGUGCCUUCCUGGUUUACCUGAUACGUGGAAUGAGUUCCUUUAUACUAAGAUUAUUUCUCGCCUCACGUGACCCCGCUUCCUUCUCACGUGAUCUUGAAAAUUUUCUAGUUUUUUUCUUUUUAUUAAAAAUUCUGAGUAUUUGAUAAAUGGAAAAUUGUGUAGAGAAAAUGAUUUUGUUAUAAAGAAUUUCAAAUGUCAUGGCGAAAAUCGCCUAAUGAAAGGAAAGAAAUUAAGAUUGUUAUAUAGAAGUAUGAUUCAUCAAGGAAUAAUGAAAAGUUGUACAAGAAAUGUAUAGUGGAGUUUUUGCAAAUCAAAA